AACCGACACAACCCGCGGCUGUAACUUUGAAGCACAGUUCGGUAUUGACCAGCAUCAGUACAGGCCGCCUGUCGCCAUAGUUACGAGCAUCAUCCCAGCUUGCUCGCGGAGCGGCGGUGAGAGAAGAGGAGCCUAGCGCAGGUUCGUGUCUGCGCGGCGCGAUUCUGACUCGCCCUACGGAUGAGGAAGGUCCUUCGGAAGCUGAGGAUGGCGUCCUGUCUUCAUCUGUGCACGGCCAGGCAGACAUCGGAGGAGUACCCGCCGCAAACUCCGGGGAGGAAGGGCCGCGUCAGCGUGCUAGAGGAGUCUGCCAAGCUUCUGGACAGUGUUUUCGCUGCUACAGACUUUGAGGACACGGACGACGCCCAGAAAACCUUCACCAACAUCCGCUCCGAGCUGCCCAAGACGGCCAUGAGCGCCGACGGGGCGAAGCUCGUGCAGAAGUUUGCGAGCCUCGGGAGCGCGGCCACGGCGGAGAGCACGUAUAUGGACAUGAUAAAGAUCAUCUGGCGGACGGUGAGACUCACGCCGGGAACGUCGUUCGUCAGGCUUCAGCUGUUCUUCCUGGCAAUUGGCGCCAUGACCGUGUCCGUGCGGAAGUCGCCGAACGUGUCGGACGAUGUUCUGGAGUCAUGGCUACAGAAGGUUGAGGUGUGGCUGGGGCGACAGCUGACCAGCGGAGGUAAAGGGUGUGUGGACGGAGGCGAGGGCAGCGUCAACGACAGGAUAGACAGAUUCUUCUCCACACCCUAUCUGCACGACUUUGACUGA